GUGGAGAGACCAACAAAAACAAAACAAAAAAAACGCUCACAGGCAAACACACAUUUUAAAUGACAUUCUAACACAUACAGAUAAGCCCCUGGCAGGGGGACGAGCUUCCAGUCAUGGACCAGAGGACUGUCAUACAGACAGCAGACCAUCUCCCCAUCAAAGACAGAGGCGCGAGCGGGGAGGACUAUGAGUGGUGCUGCGCCGCACGCGGCCAAGGUAAUUGGCACUCGGGGCAGGUGUCCAUGGCGAUGGAACCCGUGCUCACUCAGCCUGGGCUCGGCGUCACCACGACAACCGUGACCACCAUCACACAGACAGGCGGCGACUGGAGCACUGGACUUUUUGACAUUUCUGGAGAUGGGACCACAUGUGUGCUGGGGGCCGCAGCCCCCUGCUGUCUGGGCAUGAGCGUGGCCCACCAGUACGGGGAGACCCUCUGCCUCCCAAUGCUGCCUGGGUCCGCCCUCGCUCUGCGCGUGGGGAUCCGGGAGAGAUACAAGAUACGGGGAAGCAUCUGUGAUGACUGGGUCACGGUCUGCUGCUGUUACCCUCUGGCCGUCUCUCAGAUGAUUCGGGAGAUGAGGAGGAGGAUGAAGAGGCAGACAUACCAAGUGUCAACCACCCUGCAGUGCUCCUAAGGCUGUUUGACACCAAACCAAGCCUGACUGUUCAGGAAAGGACCAAUCUCUGGGUGCAGGGCUAUGCUACAGCAUUCCACAGAUGUCUUGGUCAUUUAUUUGAAUUAAUAUGUUCAAAUCUUUAUUUUUAAACGUAAAAUAUUCAAACAGCCUUUUUGAAGAUACCAUGUAAAACCCAAUCAGAGUAUGUCAUAUAUAUAUACCAUUAAUCCAAACUAGAUUGCUCUUGACUUGAGACAAACCUGUUUUAUGACUUCAAAUAAUCCAGUUGACCUCAAUAAGUAUAGAUAGUACAUUAUAUUCAAGAAUGAAGAGUUUAGUUUUUUUGGAUGCAGAUUUUUUGGUUUAUUUUCAUCUGCUUUCUCAUGUCUCCUUAGAGAUAAAGCUAUUUCUAUCCACUUUUCGGAUCUCGCAUGUGGAAAUGUUGACAGUUUCCAUCAACAAUAUCUCACUAGAACCAGAAACGACCCAAGACCAAGUCCCUCUAUUAUGCAUGUAUAUUUCAGCCAUUCAUCAGCACUCAUCUAUAUUCAUUGUUAUCUGGCAUCUCAAAUCCACAAGUUGGUUCCUCUGUGUGUAACAUUAUUUCACACAUAUGUGCUGUGUGUCACUAAUAACCCUGUAGCAGCUGCUUCUCCCAUUUGAUUCAGAAACAUGCCACUGAAGAGCAAGUAGACCUGCUUAGGGAUUGUAAUGGGAAAAUGAUGUGUUCAUAAUGCUUCUGUUUCUGUAACUGCCAUUUGUUGAUGAUGCCUUUUCGCUGACAUCCUAUGAGUGGUCAAAGGAUCCAACUGAGAAGUCACCACUAUGAGACCCCUCAUUAUAAUUUUCAAUGAUCAAAUCAAAUAAUGUUUACCUAAGGACAGAGUUUCCUGUAGUCUCAUCAAGGAAAAUAAUACAUAAGUGGGUCUCUGCUCCCCCGUGCCCGGUAUACCCCAGGCACAAAGGUUAACGUUAAGGAACAAGUAGAGUGGCUAGACAAUUCAAGGAAUAGGAGACAGAGCUUACAUGAUCAAGGGGAAACAACAUGAUAGAUUUUUCAUGAUGUGUUGAGCAGAGCUGAUCUCAGCAUUUCUAAAGACUUGUGCCACAGUAUAAGAAGUUCUUGCAUUAGAUUUUGCGUUGGACUUCAGCUGGAUUUCCCAUCCGUUGGAUCAUUGUUUGUCAUGUUUUAUUGUUUGAUGUAUGAUUGUUUGUAUGUUAUUGUACAGUUAUAACCCAAAUAUAUGACCAUAAUUGUUAUAAGUUCGUAUGACUCCUUAUUCUACCCAGUUUGGUCAGUUAAUGAUUGACGUGGCCCGGGAAUUCUAACCACAGGAUGCCUACCGGUAAGGCUUUUGACAUUGGGAAUCAAACCCAGUACCUUUUCAGCUGAGACUGGUACAGCCUAGCCCCGUGACAUUUCUAGCCCCAGGUGUAUUUUAUUACAGGAGGGGAUUCUGGAACAAUCCUUACAGACAACACACCUUGAUGAUAAACCUGCUUUGCAUAUUUCUCUUAUUCCGUGUAUUGCUCUGUUUACAGCGUGCCCCCAGGGGAAGCCAAUAAUAGUGAUCCUUUCCCCUGCCCGUGUCCAGCCAAUCACAUUGUUAAUCCAAUACCUUUGCCCUUCCCUUCUUCUCAAAUGCCAUGCUGCAAGGCAUUUGGUCGCAGAUUUAAAACCUGUAUUAAAACACCAAGUUGCUUCAAAGGCCAAACAUGUAA